AUGGCGGUUUUUACGCUCUGUAAUACCAUUCUGUUCAGGGGCAUAUGGGCAACAGCAGUUACCAGAUCACUAAGAGAUGUUCAACCAGCACACUAUCUAUUCAAAAUAGAAUCUUUCUCAAUACUUUUGGAAUCGGGAAUUGAAAAACAUGUAUCAAAUGCUUUUGAAGCUGCUGGUUAUAAGUGGAAGUUGUCUUUCUAUCCGAAUGGUAACAAGAAAAAAAAUGUGAAAGAUCACAUCUCAAUGUACCUGGUAAUAACUGAUACAGAUAAACUUCCUUGUGGUUGGGAGGUUAAUGCAAAUUUCAAAUUUUUUGUUUUUGAUCACAUCCUUGACAAGUACUUAACAAUUGAAGAUGUUGUACAAGUAAGGCGCUUUCAUAAGAUGAAGACAGCAUGGGGUUUGGACCAAUUUCUUUCACCGGAUACACUUAAAAAUACCUCGAAUGGGUACCUUGUUGAUGAUUGCGGUGUAUUUGGAGCAGAAGUUUUUGCUAUUAAACAUGCAGGCAAAGGGGAAUGUCUCUCCAUAAAAAAGGAGCUAUAUAACAACAUCUACACUUGGAGGGUUGCGAAGUUUUCAUCAAUAGCUAAAGAAUAUCUUUACCCUGAUGAGUUUAAAAUCAACGAAUGGAAGUGGAAGAUACUACUCUACACCAAAGGAGAUAAAAAAUCAGAUGGCCGAAGCCUCUCUCUCUAUCUCCAACUUGCUGAUUGUGAAAUGCUUCCUCUGAAUGGGAAACUGUAUGCAAGAUACAAGCUUAGGUUAAAGGACCAAGUCAACAGUAAACACCAUGAACUUGAAGAUACUUGUUGGUUUUAUCAUCAUCCCUCGUGUGGGGGUUUCAGGGACUUCAUUUUGCUCAGCGAUCUCAAUGACUUGUCAAAGGACUUUUUAGUGAAUGAUAACAUAGUGGUUGAAGCUGAAAUUUUGACCAUGUAUGUGAUUAAGAAUUUCACAUAA